AUGUCAGAUUGGGAUGGCAAGAUCCGGCUUCUAAGAUCAGAGCCUCUGUUGGCACAGAUUGACUCGAUAAUUGCAGACUAUCUCCUGCUGGAAAAACCUCCAGCUCUACUAUUUGUAACUACCUUGCUAAAUUAUACAAUUCCUCAGACCCUUGAAUCAUUGCCCGCUCCAACACAAAAUGAGAUAGUGAAAGUGUUUCAGUCUCUUGUGGGACUCAGUAAUCUUGUUCAUAGUAUCUCCCUACUUCGAGACCCGCAGGAUCCAGAACAGAAGAAGAUGCUUGAACUCCACAUGAAGUUGCUUUCCAUGGUUUUCAAUCUAGAAUUGAUUCCUACAUUGCUACAGAAGAACAAGACUACUUUUCUCGAAGCAAAGGAGAUCGAUAAAUUGGUAUUUAAAGGAAUCUUGUUUGGGAUCAUAAAUGAAAUCUACGUGAAAUCAGGUAUUCUGGUGCAAAAUAAAGCCUUCGAAUCUACCCAAGCCUAUACAUCGUUCUUGAAUGUUUCGUUGCUCAAAUUGUUCAAAAGUGGUAUAGAUCAUAAUUACACAAUCAUGUUUACAAGUUCCUUGUUCAAGCUAGACGAUUCUAGUGUAUUUGGCUACUUUGAUUUACUUUUCACACCAGAGAAUUGGUCCUAUUUUGUAGAAUCCUACAACGUCAUGAAAAAAUUUCAGAAAAGGGAGAUUGUCGUCAAGUUGUACACACUAUAUAUUAACAAAAGAGUUUUUCUAAAACCUCAGACUAAUGAGAUUCUUGUUUCAUUCGGAAACAUCUUGUUCUUUACAUCAGAAUGUUUUGAUGAUAAUAUGGUGGAAAGAAUACUUUUGUGCAUGAAUAGAAACUUGAACGUCUUGAUUUCUCUCAUUCUCUCAAAGCUUCCGAACGAGAGGUUUAAUGGCCUUAUAAUGAAAGUGUUGGAGAAAUGGGCAGAUGACUUGACAAUCAAAUCAGAAUCAAUCGUUCUUCAGGAGAAUCGCACCCAUUUUAUCAUGUAUUUGCUUUAUCAGAAAAAGGGAACGCCAUUCUUGGAAGGUCUCUUGAGUGACAAAGUCUUCUUAGAUGCGAUUUCAAACAGACUUCAUUCGUACUCGAGCAACGUCAAAUCGCUAGGUGUUGUUUUAGCUGAUAAAGUCUGUGAAUUCAACGGCAAGGACCCCAUUUUCAGUAUAGAUGAAGCUCUGGUAUACCUAAAUCUAGCAAAAAGCGACGAUUUCAUCGACCUUAAAGUCCCACCGCUUGAAGAUCCAUGGAAUGUAAUCAAUCAACCAGAAAUUGAACUUCCCGUUGAAGAGCUUUCGUCUUUGAAAGUAUCGUCUAUCCAACCAGGAGCAAAAGAAUCAGACGACGACUCAGAUGAUGAUUCAGAUAGCGACGAUCCAACUAUUACAUCUCGAGGCAAUGUAAGAGAUCCAUUGUAUAUAAAAGACCUCUUGGAAUAUCUUACUAUCGACGAGAAGAACCCCCUAGCUUACGAUAUGAGAAAAAAAGCACUUACAGUGGGUCCUACUUUGUUACGUCAGAAGUUUGCGUUCGGAAAUGAAAUCCAGUUUUAUUCAGAAGAUCUCAUGACCAAUAUUGUUGGUUUGAGUAACACUUUUGAUGACAAGACCUUUGAAUCUUCCAGGUUACAAUGCAUGAUAGCAGUGCUAGUCACAAACCCUCAAGUGACAAUACAUACAUUUAGGCUCUUGCUUACGGGAGACUAUUCCCUUCAACAGAGGUUAAGUAUCCUUUCAGCAACCACUUUGGCAGCGCGAGAGCUUAGAGGGUUCAAGGAUGAGGAUGUUGUGUCGUCAUUUAGGGAAACUUCCUUUCCCUCUAAGCAGCUUCCUAGUGGCCUACACGAGAAGUAUGUUGCCAUUGAUAAUAACUCUGGGUUUUUACGUGCCAUAGAGGCUUCGAUUCAGGAUGAAUUGAUGGAUGAAGCCUCUGAUGAGUCCAAAAACAAGAUAGCUGGAGGGAAGAUUCUUCGUAUAUCAGAAUCGUAUAAAAGAAAGAAGAACAGCGACAAACAUGUGGACAAGCCCAAAAUAAACAACUUCUACAGAAUAAUAGGACAAAAAUUUUACUUUCCCUUAGUAGGGGUAUGGUAUGAAGCUGGAGAAAUUGACAUUGGGCAUUAUUCUACGAUUUUUGUAGGACACUAUAUUCGAACCUUGGCAUUACUCUUACAUUGUGCAUAUCCCUCUGCAGUUAACUUGAGGGACAUGGUUAAGGAAUACUUUCAGUUGGUGGUUCCAGUGUUGAGGAAGGUCAAGGUAGAAGAACUUCAGAUAGUUGAAAGUGCUGUUACAGGAUUCCUUGUCAUUUUUGACAUUAUGGACGAGCAGUAUUUGAUCACGACGCAUCACCACGAUAUUCAGCAAGUCCAGAUGUGGUUAGGUGCCAACUGGGAACAUUUAAUUGAUAACAAAGUCAAGAGUCUUUGCGCUGGACUUUUCUUGCGGAUUCUGACAGUGUCUGAAGCUUACGAGAGAUCGCUCAUGGAUCUAACUAAUGGUUUAUAUUAA